AUGGCUUCCUGUCUCGAUCGCGUCCUGUCAGCCUGAUUGUAGCCAUACUAGCUUCGAAGUCCCUCGUUUUAUUAUUAUCUCAGUAUAUUAAUAUUAUCAUAUUUCUAUAGUGUUUUUAUUUUUAUAAUUAUUGUUGAAAAUCAUGUUUAUCCGUUCAGUUAGUGAAUUUUGUAAUUCGAUUAUUGUGUGCUGUGUCUUUUUUUGUUUCUUCACUAGCUAGCUAUUAACGUUCUAACUAGUAAGGUCGCUAGCAAUUAGCCAACGCCUCCCUCCCCUACCAAUCAUGACACUGUUUUACUCAGGACGCUUGUAAGAGCUGCCAUUGACGGAUGUACAUUGUCUGGCCAAGACAAGUAGCAAAGCACCGAACUCCAAGUUAAAAACAAGGAUUCAAACUGUGUCCAGUUACCUUUUCAACUAUGAAGCUUCGAACAGGGCCAAUGUGACAGGAGAGGUCAGCAUAAGGGUUUGCUGCUACAGGUCCAGGAGGAAAAAUGAGAAACCACAGUUUGAGUGUAGGGUGAAAAGUCAGGUGUUUGUGACACACUAUAUGCAGGUUACACAGUCAGAGAUGAAGCCUAGUCUUAGACUAAGAAGUUCCUGUCAAUGGAGAUCUGCAUUAAGAGGCAUUGCUUAGUCUAGUAAUUGUUCAUUUCUCUUCCUUGCUGUUUAUGUAAGCUCUGUUAUGUUAAGACACAUUAGAUUACAUUUAAACAAGGACAUAUACCCUUAAUAGAAAAGUUUAAAUCCGUAUUGCUGUAAUUAAUUUAUUGGCUGUUGCAUGUUGCGCCAGUCAUUUCUGUUUGCUAGUCGUGACACAUGUUGAGUGAUUUUAUAUCCCCACGUGGGUUGUACUGAAUCCCUGUGUGCCAGUAACAAUGACACAACAUCACCACACAGUUGCAUUACUAUUCCAGUCUGCACAACAUCACCACACAGUUGCAUUAUUAUUCCAGUCUGGGACGACUGGAACACCAGUCGUCCCACCUGUGCAUAGCUGCACAGAGGCCGAGCAGCAGUGGCGUAAGCCAAGGACUAUGGUAUGUUUUAAUAGCUAUAUCACAAUCAUAUGGUUAUAAUCCCACCAUAAUGCUAAUAAAUGAUUUAAUGAAAACUUAAAUCGUCUCAUGAUUAGAUUUAGAAUAGUGCCCCGGCACUGUCUUUUUACAGGGUCUGCAACCUGGGCCCAUAGGCAAAAUGACCAUCACCAAGCCCACCAAAAAGCACAUGGCAGAAGGAGGGAUUAGGUGAGUAUUCCCUAAUAGUAUAGUAGGUAGUAGCUGGUCAUAUCCUAUUAAACUUAGACUAUAUAAAAUUAUUUAAUUUUAGGUGGUUUAAAGUACAUUGUUUAGAUUGGCUAACCACAGAGGCUGCUUUGCGGAAGUACACUCUACAGCUCCCUUUUUGGAAUGCUCCCUGACCUCUCAGUUCUCCAGAUAGAAGAGGCAUACAAGAACUUUGACCCUCUAUCCAAGCCAUUGAUCUGCAGCAUGGGGAUGUCUGCUGAAAAGCUUUUAGUUGACUCCCAUUUUGGAAAGGUACAGGUGGGGAGCCUCCUGUCUUACCAGCAGCCUCCAAUCACAACGUGACCAUAGUUCACUAUAAGGAGACACCACCAUUCCCUUUACUGCCCCUGGGUGGCUACAGACUGGAGAGCAACUUUCAAGGCUGUACUUGUGCUCAAUGAAGAAGACCAGCUUCACAUAGUCUCUUCAGGUGAGAGAAUACAUAGAGACCCAGUGGUGUUCUCACUAAUUAGAAAAGGGUGACUAGCACUACUUAUGUGUACAUGCAGAAGUUCUUAGGCAGGAAAGACUAAAUAACAAGGGACAGGCUCCUUUAUCUUUCAAUUCAUGAAAGAGAAACAAAUCAACAUCUGUCUGUGCAAUUAAUUAAUAAUUUAAAAUAAUUCCGUAAAAUGUUUCUGUUCUCAUCACUGUAAAUAAAAACUAUUUAUAACAUUUUGUUUGGAGUAUAAGCAGAGGUAUUUAUUAUCAAUAAAGGGACUACAGGGUGUUAGACAAUGUGGAUGGUCACAGCUAAAAAAGGAUAGAUGCAUUGCGGUAGUAGCUCAUUGCCCCUUGGCCCAUGGCUUCACAAGAGGCCUUCACUGGUAGUUUUGUGAGAAGGCAAGCCACAGCCCAGAUGCAGUUGAUGCUUCCCAUCAGUGACAUGAGGAUCUCUUGGACAUGGUAAUAUUCUACUGGAAUAGCAAAGGUACUGCUCACUUUUUUUAGACGUCGAAGCCCACUAGAAGGUUCAAUGAAAUCUUCUUAAAUUCCUAACUUCCAAUAAAGAUGCCGUAUCAACUAAUAAUGUUAACGUCCUUAGCACUAACGUUAGCUAGGUACUGGUAGUUAACGUUUGCUAGCUAAACAGACAAAAGACAACCCAAUCGAGUUUAAAAAAUCUAUAGAAAUAUGAUUAUAUUAAUAUACUGAAGUAAUGAAAAAAUUAGCGACUUCGAGGCUAGUAUGGCUGACAAGUAGAGAGCUGACUAUUUACAAAAAAAUGAAGAUAUGAAUAAUAAUAACUAAUUCAAAGAACAAAAUAAAUAAAUAAUAUAGGCCUAAAUACUCAAGCGCACACAUUUGUUCUGACUGUCUGCUCAGACUAACAGCCUCACCUGUUGUUCCUGUCAAUCAGACAUGCAGUGUCGACCAAUGAACCAACGAUGGGUGAGGGAGGGCCGAGUCAACUUACUCAUAGUCACACACUUAGCAGCCGAGGAGAGAGAGGAAGGACAGCUGUGAAAACAACAGCUGGAAAAUGAGUCGGAAGCACAGUAGCGUUUAGAUGCAUUUUAAUAAUGUAGACAAUGUUAGAGCACAGUGUAGAAUUUGCCAAAACAAAAUCUCAUGUAAAGCCGGUUCUACAACCUACACCGGCAUAUGCGAACUGUGCACCCACCUGUGAAGCUAGCGGGUCUGCGAGUGAUAGUGCUGGAGCCAGCACCUCCACACGUGGAGAUGUAUCCACUCAGUCAAGUAGGCCUACUCCGCGACCCACAGCAACGCAGUCUUCUAUGGACCAGUUUAUGCCAAAGUCUAUGUCUGUAGCAGAACAAGGCCAAAUUGAUAUUGCAUUGGAUAAAUUAUUGGCACCGAUUUUCAGCCAUUUUCGAUCGUGGAGGACGGAGGUUCUAGAAAUUAUCGCAAUAGUCUAAAUACAAUGUACACAAUUCCAAGCAGGAAAACCCUUUUAAAAUCACUUAUUCCACAACCACGAGAGCACACAGGCUUCAGUGCGGGAAAGAGCCCAAAAAGCUACUGCAGUUUGCCUUACCACUGACUGCUGGACAUCAAGGGUAAACACUUCUUACAUGUCACUUCAUUGAAGAUUUGUCAAUGUCUAGCUGUCUUCUGGACUGUUUGGAGUUCAGCGACAGACACCUCAGAGAACUUGGCAGAGGAACUGUUGAGAGUGGCCAGAAAAUGGCAAGUAGAUGGAAAAGUGGUCUGUUGUGUUAGCGACAAUGCAGCUAACAUAACUAAAGCCAUGAACAUUUUAAAAUAGAUCCAUGUCUUGCCCACACAAUCAACCUGAUUGUAAGAGAUGCUCUCAAGUUGAUGAAGCCCACCGGACAAAGUGAAAGGAGCCGUGGAAUACUUCCACAGGAGCACAGUAGGUGCAGAAAAACUAAAGUCUACACAACGCCAGAUGGGGAUGCCUGAGCUGAGGCCUAAACAAGACUGCACUACAAGGUGGAAUUCAACAUUUUAUAUUGUUGAAGUGGUUUCUUGAGUAAAAGGGUGCUAUCAUCUCUACCCUAGCUACUGUCAAUGCACCUGUUGAUGCUCUGACCCUAGAGGAAUGGGAGAUGUGCAAAGUCCUGGAACCCUUUGAGCAGGUCACUGUGGAGAUCAGUGGAGAGGGCAGUUAUUACUACAUCAUUAUUCAAUCCAGUAUUAUAUAUGUAUAUUAGCAGUAGAUGAGAAUGCAGUAUCAGUAGACAAAACAUGAACCUGAACUAAUAAGUUACUGUUCUCUCGUUUCAGCUAUGUGACAGCCUCAGAAAUGAUACUCCUGUGUAAGGGUCUGCAGCGAAUCACAUCCAGCUGCCAGAGAGAAGCAAAUGUAACCACAGGACAUGUGAAAGAGUUGAUGGACACCCUAUGUUCAUCAAUGGACAAAAAGUUCCAUAGAAUGGAAUAUAAUCACGUGCUAUCAGAAACCACUGCACUUGCCCCCAGGUUUAAGAAGUUAGCCUUCAGUGAUGCCAGAGCGAUUGAUGAGGCUCUUCAAAGAAUAACCUCAGCAGCAGGGAGGGACAGCCCCAGCAAUCAGCUGGCUCAGGCACCAGGGCAACAGGAAGAAGAGGGAGCAGAUGGAGCAGAAGCACCAGCAGUAGUGCCACAAACUUCUGCUGUUUGGAUGCUGUUUGACGAGAGAGCAACUGGGGAUGCAGCAUGAAGGAAUCCCUCAGCAGAUGCCAUAAUGGAGGUCUGAUGCUAUUUGGAGGAGGCCCUCCAAAGAUCUGCAGAUCCUCUGAGCUGGUGGAAGAACAAGGCCUCGGUCUACCCACGGCUUACUAAAGUCAUGACAGGGAGACUGCAUAGUGGCCACAUCCGUUCCCUCUGAGAUGGUCUUCUCGAAAACUGCACAAAUAAUUACUGAGAGAAGAAACCGCAUCAGCCCCUCUAAAGUGAGGCAGCUUGCAUUUCUGAUUGCAAAUCACUCAUAAAAGCAAAAUAUGGUCAGCAUUGCUGUGUGCUGCUGGUUAUAACAAGAACCGUUUGGGCGCCAAAAGACCCAGCUUUUUUUGGUGAGCUGAGCAGAACGAGCCGGCUCACUGAAAAGAGACGGAAUGCCCAUCACUACUGACAAGAUGCGAUCGGGACAGGAAGCUAUGUAUCGGGUAAGAAGAUGCUGUUGUGCGAACUCCCUUUCUGAGAUGUUUGGACUGCUGGACUCAGUGAGGAGGGUUCUGGACCUGAGACCCAGUGAGACUGACAACCAGCAGCAGGUCCACAAUGCUCUUAAUGUGCUGGAGGACCAGUUGGAGGACCAGUGGAAGCCGAGGCAGGAUGAGCGCCCACCCAGCCCUGGUCACCUCUACGUGGGCAGCUUCUCCAAGGCCACCCCCUCAAAGUGCCUGCGGCUGUAUUGCUCUAGCUCUUCCACAACCCAACCUCAGAACCAGACCACACAAUCGUCCAUUGUCUUAUCCCGCAUCACCACAUCCCCAGUGUGUCCGCCUCUCACUGUGGCUGGCCUGCCUGUGGCCACACUGUCCGAACUCCCCACCGGCUCUUCAACCACUACACCACUGGCAACCCCUCUGCAGGAAAGAGAGGCAGGGCCGGGUCUGUGGCUCUCCAUGCAUCCUCCAGGGUGACUGUGCUCAACACUACCACAGAGUCAGGGCUGGGGACCCCUCUACAGGUGCUUCAUCUAACCCAGGAGAGGGAGCAGGAGUCUGGGGACAUGGAGAGCCAGAGGCUAGGGAAGGAGAGGAUAGUACUUGUGCAGCAGGGGGUACUACUGGACACUCCAGAGAUUCAGACACACUAGGCUGGGAACAGUGGGGGUCUCAAUCAGUGAUGGAGGAGCAGGGGAGGGACAGGAGAAUGAAGGUACAGAAGGAACGGUUGCAUAAUGGCAAGAAGAGGGCAUUAAAAUAACAUAAAACCAAGUGAGAGAAGAGAGAACCGUAACGAAAACAGUUAAGAAAAUAGAGUGAGCGAGCGUGUGUCCUUGUGGAAGAGAACAAGAAGGUGAACUUCACCAUGUCAUGUGUAACUCCACACAGACAUUUCAUAUUUUAAUUUUUACGUACAGUACAUUUUCACAUGGUGUUUAUUACUGCAGUGCCCAUAGUACUUUAAUUACCCAUGGUCUUCAUCAUCAAGGACAUUGAAAUACUUAAUGAUUGGGGAGAGUAUGCUGAGUUGAGCCAUUUUUUUACAUUCAGCAUUACCCUGUUUAGAGAAAUAUCUUUGUUAGAAAGGCUACAAUAUCUACAUAUAUUUCAGGAUGUUGUGCAUCCCUGGAAAUAAUCAGAAUCAUUAAAUAUUACAGUUAAGCGGGUAAGGUAAGUUAAGCUGCCUAUUUCUGUACUGAAUUAAAUA